AGAGAUUCUGCAUUCUUCUUUGUGCAGAAACUGCCUAUUGUAUCUCACACAAAUAAGAGAGAAACAGAGACAUAUAUGGCUUAUGCUGCUAUUACUUCUCUUAUUACAACCAUACUUGAUUUCCCGCAACAUGCUGAUAUUUACCUGCAACCGUUCAUAGAAAAGUUAAAAUCCUUUAGAGCUAUUCUUGAGAAACCGUGCAAUAUAACAGGCGAUUUAGAGGUAUUGACAAUGAUGGAAGCUGAAAUUAUAGAGCUACUGAACACCACAGAAGAUAUGAUUAUUUUGAAAACAAGAAAAGCUAUUAAGGCAAAAACCACGAUUAAACGAAGAGUAGCAUUUUGGAGACUUCGUUCCCUCUUGAAACGAGCACCAACUCGCAUUCACUCCAAGAUGAACAAGUGGUUGGCUAUGCAGAACAGCAAAGAUCUGAGAGCACAAAAUUUGAUUGUCGCCAAUACAUCUCAACAUGACUUUCAGUCCGAGAAUAUGAUGGUCGGCCAUGAAAAUGCAUUUGAGAUCAUGCAGGAUCAACUUGCUAGAGGAGCAACUGAGCUACAAGUUAUCUCAAUUGUGGGGAUGGGGGGCAUCGGCAAGUCAACUUUGGCGAUCAAAUUAUAUAAUGAUCCGUUCAUUAUGUCUCACUUUGACAUUCGUGCAAAAGUUAUUGUUUCGCAAGAGUAUUGCAAGAGAAAUGUACUCUUAGGCAUUCUUUCUUCUAUUAGUGGAAGUGGAACUAUUGGUGAAUUUUACGAGCAGCAAGAUGAUGGGCAACUAGCAGAUCGAUUGCAAAAGUAUCUGAAAGGCAAGAGGUACUUGAUAGUCAUUGAUGACAUAUGGACUACAAUAGCUUGGGAUGAUGUAAAACUAUGUUUCCCAGAUUGUAACUGUGGGAGUCGGAUACUCUUGACUACUCGGAAUAUGAAAGUGGCUGAAUAUGCUAGCUCAGGUAACCCUCCUUAUCAAAUGCGUCUCUUGAAUUUUAAUGAAAGUUGGUAUUUACUGCACAAAAAAGUCUUUGAGAACACAUAUUUUCCUCCUGAAUUUGAAAAUAUUGGGAAACAAAUUGCAUUAAAUUGCAAAGGAUUGCCUCUAGCAAUUGUUGUAAUUGCUGGACUUCUCCUGAAAAUUGGGCAAUCAUUGAAUGAGUGGGAAAAUAUUGCCGAGAAUAUAGUUUCCAUGGUAAGUACAGAUCCUGAUGUCCCAUGCAUGAGGAUGUUGGCAUUAAGUUACCAUCACUUGCCUCAUCACCUAAAACCGUGCUUUCUUUAUUUUGCAAUCUUCCCGGAGGAUGAAUUGAUAUUUGUGAAUAAACUUGUGAGAUUCUGGGCAGCAGAGGGCUUUUUGAAGAGAGAAAGGGAAAAAAGCAUAGAAGAAGUGGCAGAACAAUAUCUAAAAGAUCUUGUAGAUAGAGGAUUAAUUUUCAUCAGAUAUUUGAGUUUUGAUGGAAAAAUCAAAGCUUGUGGAAUGCAUGACAUGAUCCGUGAACUCUGCUUGAGAGAAGCUAGAAAGUUAAAUUUUGUGAAUGUUAUUAUGGAAAAUCAGAAUCCUUGUGAACAAUCCAUGCAUUUUUCCACAAAGCGCCGGAUCUGUAUCCAAUCAGAGGAAUCCUCUUUUGUUGCCAAUCAGUUGGCCAUGGUUCUUUAUAGUAAGGCACAUUCUAUUCUCCUUUUUAUUCGAAAUCCCUCAAACUCAGGAAUAAUGCAAGAAUUGGAGCGUUUUAAGAAAGUAAGAAUACUAGAACUUGCUUCACCAACGUUGGAUGCUUUUCCCAGUUGUAUAGUUGGUUUAUUUCAGUUGCGAUACCUAGCUUUGACUUUUUACUCGUCCACGGAUGAUCAGGAUAUUUAUGUUCCUCCAUCAAUAAAUGGGCUUCAAUAUCUACAAAGUCUUAUACUUAAGUUUCCAAAAUAUUUUAGAUGCCCUAAAUUUUCUUUCAUUUUACCAUCGCAAAUUUUCAAUUUGUGGAGAUUGAGGCACCUCUCCUUGGACAGGAAUAACUCGGAUACUUGUGAGUUUGGAGAGAGAAGUUUGAUUUUGAAUAAUAUGCAGUGUCUGUCUGGGUGGAAUCCUUUAUGCUGUACUUCAUCCGUCUUUAAACAAUUUCCCAAUUUAAAGAAGUUGCAGAUAUCCGGCGACCAUGAAGAGUACAUAACAAGUAACGAAAUGAAGGGCCUCCAUAAUCUUUGUAACUUAGAUCAGCUUGAGGAAUUGAAAUUUGACGGGAUGCCACAUUCGACACUUCCUCAUCCUGAAGCUUUUCCGAAGAACCUUAAGAAAUUAUCUUUUAGCAAAACUCAUGUAAAUUUAGAGGAUUUGAGGAUUCUCAGUAAGCUGCCCAAACUCGAGGCCCUCAAACUAAAAUUUUGUUCCUCCAAUAUUGGUAUGGAAUGGGAAGUAACCGAGGAAGGGUUUCCGCAGUUGAAGUUCUUGCUAUUGAGUCGCUUGGGCAUUAGACACUGGAGAGCCAGUAGUGAUCACUUUCCACGCCUUGAACGACUAUUCCUUGUUGAAUGUGCGAAUAUGAUUUCGAUCCCUGAAGAUUUUGUAGAAAUAACCACUCUUCAGCUAAUUGAUAUACGCAUGUGUAAGGAGUCAGUUGUGAAUUCUGCCAAGAAGAUUCAACAAGAAAUUGAAGACAACUAUGGAGGUUCUAUUGAGGUCUGUUUUCGUUACGUCCUUUAGGUCGUACUUUUGGUUGAAUUACUUUUAUAAUAGCAAAUGAUAUACUUUUGAGUUUUGAGAUACUUAGCUGACUUGUACAUUUAUUAGACAAUUUAUUUUCCUUCCUCAAUAGCUAACCUUCAGUAUCUGCAAACUUUUGUACUUAAGUUUCCUCAAUGGCGCUAGAA